CCGGGCGCCAGGGUCUGGAGUUGCGGUGGGAGAAUCCCGACCUUGUAGACGCGUUAGGCUUCUCCGAGUCGAGGGACUUGCCCUCCCCCACCCUGCUGUGCUGUUGCUAUGUGGUUAGGGGAUUCGGACUUCCAGAGAUUUAGAAUAAAACAGAUGUCACCGAGGCGAACCCUGAAGUGGAAGUCUUCCCUGGGGCACUUGAGAAUGAAUGGGUACCGUGAGCUAGUCUGAAUUGUCACUUUCCGGGUGUCCGCUUUCGAGUUGGUCUGUUCCGGGGGCCGCAGCCGUCGCAGCCCCCCCGGGUGGGACAAACGCCCCUCCCCCAGUUCCCUCCCCGUCUCAUUUGUUUUCAGUUUUAGAGCCCCUGUAGCCACUUCCUAGAGAAUUUUGUGCCUCCAACUCAGGCUGUCCCUGAAUCUGUCCCCUGUAAGAACAAAAAGACUUCACUUGACGUUUGUGUUUGUUUUGACUGCACCGUCCCCUCUUGGCCACCCAGGUUGGGAGCUCAGGGUAGGCGGCUCCGAGCGGUUAUCUGCCCAGGGAUUGCCCAGGAGAUGGUCCUGCCCUGUUGAGUGUGCCAUUUUGUUGUUCCCUCAUACCACCCCCACCCUGGUUAAUCCUCUCUCCUCGUGACUGGCUUUCCCCGUGGUCUCCUUCCCCGCUCGUCUCCUCUAGAGCAAGCUGCUCUUGGGCCAUUACUCCCCUCAGAAACCUCCUUGGUGAUUCCCUGUUGCUUCGCAGGUAAAGUACGAGUGCCCUCGAUCAGACCGGCUUUCCGAGCUUCCUCCUCUGCCUCUGCUUCAGCCCGUCUUGCUCUCCAUUCCCCAGAAGGGCGUGGUGCUUUGGAACCGACCUUUCCUGGCUCCUCCCCUUUUCUCGGCUGCCUGGGAAAUAGCCCCUUCGCGUUCAGGUUGCCUUUUUCAGCAAUCAGAUGAGGGCAUACGCUGGCUUUAGCCCCCAAGUUCUGCCUGAAGGCCUCGAUUUUAAUUUUAUUCAUUGGGCCUUUGCGUGUGAGUGCUUAUCUGUUUUAGGCUCUGGGCUGGGCCAAAGGGCUGGCAGGCAUGACCUGAACAAGGGUGCGUUUUUAGCUGGGGCCUGCCAGAAAUGUCCUUCUGGAGCAAGAGUCCUGAAGGAAGCGGGGGGACUCACGGCCACUGCCGGCAGUGGGCAUGGCAGGUGCGAAGGGGCUGAGGCAUGCGUGAGGGGCACAGCAGCAAGGCCGCGCCAUGGCGGAACAGGAUGUGGAAAAUGAGCUUCUGGAUUACGAGGAAGAUGAAGAGCCCCAGGCUCCUCCGGAGAGCACUCCUGCUCCCCCCAAGAAAGACGUCAAGGGUUCCUACGUUUCCAUCCACAGCUCUGGCUUCCGGGACUUUUUGCUGAAGCCGGAGCUUCUUAGGGCCAUCGUGGACUGUGGCUUUGAGCAUCCAUCUGAGGUCCAGCACGAGUGUAUUCCCCAAGCCAUCCUGGGCAUGGACGUCCUGUGCCAGGCCAAGUCUGGGAUGGGCAAGACGGCCGUCUUCGUGCUGGCCACCCUGCAGCAGAUUGAGCCUGUCAACGGACAGGUGACAGUGCUGGUCAUGUGUCAUACUCGGGAGCUGGCAUUCCAGAUUAGCAAGGAAUAUGAACGCUUCUCCAAAUACAUGCCCAGCGUCAAGGUGUCUGUGUUCUUCGGGGGCCUUUCCAUCAAGAAGGAUGAAGAGGUAUUGAAGAAGAACUGUCCGCACGUCGUGGUGGGGACACCAGGCCGGAUCCUGGCACUCGUACGGAACAGGAGCCUCAACCUGAAGAACGUGAAGCACUUCGUGCUGGACGAGUGCGACAAGAUGCUGGAGCAGCUGGACAUGCGGCGGGACGUGCAGGAGAUCUUCCGCCUGACGCCCCACGAGAAGCAGUGCAUGAUGUUCAGCGCCACCCUGAGCAAGGAGAUCAGGCCCGUGUGCAGGAAGUUCAUGCAAGACCCCAUGGAGGUGUUUGUAGACGAUGAGACCAAGCUCACGCUACACGGACUCCAGCAGUACUACGUCAAGCUCAAGGACAGCGAGAAGAACCGCAAGCUGUUUGAUCUCUUGGACGUGCUGGAGUUUAACCAGGUGGUGAUCUUCGUGAAGUCGGUGCAGCGCUGCAUGGCCCUGGCCCAGCUCCUUGUGGAGCAGAACUUCCCGGCCAUCGCUAUCCACAGGGGCAUGGCGCAGGAGGAGCGCCUGUCACGCUAUCAGCAGUUCAAAGACUUCCAGCGGCGGAUCCUGGUGGCCACCAAUCUGUUUGGUCGAGGGAUGGACAUUGAGCGAGUCAACAUCGUCUUCAACUAUGACAUGCCCGAGGACUCGGACACCUACCUCCACCGAGUGGCCCGUGCGGGACGUUUUGGGACCAAAGGUCUGGCCAUCACUUUUGUGUCCGAUGAGAAUGAUGCCAAAAUCCUCAAUGACGUUCAGGACAGGUUUGAAGUGAACGUGGCAGAACUUCCUGAAGAAAUUGACAUCUCUACAUACAUUGAGCAGAGCCGGUAACCACACGCCUGGUGGCCAGAGUCGCCCUGUCUCCUGAGUGCUGCUUCAAGUCCUCUUUCUAGGCACCAGCGGGGCUUCCCUUUUUACUGUUUAAAAGCUGUAGAUUUGUGUAAGAGUAAAGUUUUAUUACGGAA